AAAGGACGUGGGAAGUAGCCAAUCAGAGAGCGGGGGAGGCGGGCCAACGCGCAGAGGCGGGAAAAGGGGGGGUGAAGGAAGGCACCUUCCCUGAGUGGUGAAGAACCUCUGUUUUCCCGAAAUACCCCUCUCAGAGCUGGGAAGAGACAUUUCAACCAUCCCACAUCUCUGGAAGGAAAGAGACGCUGAGAUGCAUGUCCCUGAAAGCUUGCGGGACCUGGCAGGCAGCGAGGCAGUGCAGUUCCUGAAGAAACGUAAAACGGUCGCACGGAUCUUUGCUGGGGUCUUCUCCCUUAUCAUUUUUGCUUCACUGAUGACUGACGGCUACAUGAAUGUAAGCAGUUCCCCACAGCUGCACUGUGUGCUCAACAACAAUGGGGCAGCCUGCAGGUAUGCCAUCGUGGCCGGCUUCCUGGCUUUCCUCGGGAGCCUCGUCUUUCUCAUACUUGACACCCAAGAGCCCUACAUCACCGGCACCCGCCUCACCACCGUCAUUUUCCUCCUGGACUUUGUGCUGUCUGUCAUUUGGGCAAGUGUCUGGUUUGUUGGCUUCUGCUUCUUGGCCAACCAGUGGGCACGCUCCCCUCCUCACCACUACCUGCUGGGCAGUGGCAGUGCAAGAGCCAGCAUCUCCUUUGCCUUCUUCUCCAUCCCUGUCUGGGUGUACCUGGCAUACCUGGCCCUACAGGACCUGCGCAGUGACCCGCCUGUGCCCUACAAGUUGUCCCUGGAUGAGGGGGGUGUGAUCAUGGCCGUGACCACGCUGUCUUCCUCCUCCACCACCGCCACCAUUAUCCCCAACAGCCCAGGCCACCCUGGAUCCAACCCUCCACCCUACUCAGCCACCCCCAAGCUCACCCACCUUGCCAUUAUAAAUGAUAAUUAGCUUGGUUAUGUAUAUUCUCUGAUUAAACAGAAUUCCCCUCCUCCCCCAGCCCCCCAAAAAAGUGAUUGUGGAACAUA